GUAGGGUUUAUUAAGUUUGUAUUAAAUCUAUUACAUUACCGCUGAAUACAUAAGAUUAAAAUAAACUUAAUUUUGAUUAUAACUAAACAAUUACAUAACUGUUAUUAAUUAUGUUUUGUAUGUACUGUAUUAUAAAUAUCAGAUAGUAUCAAUGUGCGUCAAAAUAAUAAUUCAGUGAAUUUUUAUUUUAAAAAUAAUAAUGGAUAUUAUUGAUAAUGUUCAAUUUAAUAAUAGUAGUCCUAUGGGUGAAUAUGCGGUGAUAGUGAACAAUAUUUAUUUUGGGUACCGGGAGCCCCACAAAGUGUUAAACGAUUUUUCGGUACAAAUAGCUAAAGGUCAAAUAUUUGCACUGUUAGGCUCAAACGGGUCGGGAAAGACUACUUUAUUAAAACUAAUUUGCGGUAGACUUGGCCCACAUUCGGGACAUAUUUAUGUUUAUGGCUGUCGGCCCGGUAGUAAAAAGUCUGAGAUACCGGGGUCCGCUGUUGGGUAUAUGCCUCAAGAGUUGGCGCUAUACGACAACUUCACGAUACAACAGACCCUCACAUACUAUGCCAUGAUAUACGGUAUGAGUGGACAGGCGUUAAGCGCUCGUACGGUUGAGUUGUCUCUUAUGUUGCGAUUACCGGAAUUGGAUAAACGGGUCGACCGUUUAAGUGGAGGGCAACGGCGUCUGGUCUCACUGUCCGCAGCACUCAUUUAUUCGCCCAAACUUUUAAUACUGGAUGAGCCGACGGUAGGGGUCGACCCCCUUCUCAGGCACCAGAUAUGGAUGUAUUUGCAGCAACUGUGCCGCGAAAAUGCCACAACAGUCAUAAUAAGCACGCAUUAUAUGGAAGAAGCGAAAAACGCCGGCGCCGUCUGUUUCAUACGUAACGGUCGACGUGUGGCCUAUGGGUCGCCCGAAAAGCUACUGGCUCUCCACCUGUGCCACACGCUGGAGGAGGUCUACUAUAACUCAUGCAUACAGUCUAAACCAGACAAUAGUGUCUUUCCCAAUGAAUUCGUAAUUAAUAAUCAUAAAGCUAAGGACCAAGUGCUGGAUGGGAAAGGCGUGUUUGCGUGGAACCAUAUGAAAGCACUGGUAUUUCGGGACAUUAUUGACAUCCGUACUAAAGCACUGGGAGUUUUACUUUACUUUCUGGUGCCAGUGAUUACCAUAUUUUUAAUACAUAUGACAUUCCAAGAGCCCCGUAACAUAGCUAUUGCUAUAGUAAAUGGCGACUCCCAGAGCGCAUCCCUGUCCACACAAUUCAUCGAUCAACUGGACAGUCAGUUAUUUGUCAAAACGUAUUACGAAGCAAACGGUACGGCAUAUGAGUCAGUAGUCUCGGGUCAAAACGUAUUGUCGAUUGUAUUGGACCAGGAUUUCGACGAUAGUAUCCGACAAUUAAUGGUACGCCCGCUAUGGGUGACCGAUAACCAGGUGAUGGAUAGUGCCACGAUCAAAUUAUAUAUCGAGAUGACUAAUCCGAUAGUCACCCAGUUCGCCAUUUACUACUUGAUACGAGCGUAUCAAACAUUUGCAAUGAACUAUAGCUCCUUCAUAGGACAUAACCCGGGCGCCUACAGCUCACCAAUCAAUGUCAUUGAUGACAAAGCACUGCCAGUGUUAGACCCUAACACCAUAUUUUCAGGAUACAUAUUACCAGGCACAAUUUUAAUCAUGAACCAAGUGACCACCAUGAUAUUCACCAUGGCCUUUGUGUUCAGUUUCUAUUACGAGAGACUGUACGGCACUUUUGACCGCAAUUUUGUGGCCGGGGUUACGCCACUGGCAAUACUAACCACACGCUCGGCGGUGGGAAUGGUCUAUAUUGUGAUACAGGCGCUGUUUAUGGCCGGCGCUACGUUUUAUGUAUUUGGCUACCCCUGUGACGGCCGGCUAUUUGACUGCGUUUUGCUAAUUGUAUUAAAUGGCGUGCAAUACAUGUGUUUCGGUACUACCAUUGCCAUAAUACUUAACUCGAGAUCUGCGUGUGUGUUACUUUGCUCCGGUAUGUUAUGGCCACUAGAGUCGUUGCCACCCCUAAUGCAAUGGGGAUUACAGUUUAUACCGAUUACCUCGGCCACCACUACCAUGAAUUUAAUUUUAGCCAAAGGCAAUAUGCAAAUGGCUACC